GCAAAGGAGGCAUGUACCGAAAGCGAUGGCGUCUGGCAUCGGCAAAGAUUUCGCAGAGACGUCGCUCGGCGCUUCUCAUUUGCACCGCCAAAAAUUGCACUAAGCUAGAGCACUUGUGCCGCCACACAAAAUCCUUUCCACCCACAUGCAUGCGACAGCAUCAAGAAGAAUACCAAGGAUAGAUUGUCCUUGACUUCGGCAACAAGAUGCCGCUCAUCAUUCUCACGGGUCUGCCGACGUCGGGCAAAUCGACGAGGGCGAACCAACUACAUGACUAUCUUACCGCCCGCAUAGCCGGAACAAAGUACCGGUUGCAUCUGAUAUCAGACGAUUCUCUAUCGAUAUCACGAACAGUAUACGAUCUCUCUACGGUGCCAGUGCACGCAAGAUCAGCAAAUGCGAGCGAAAAGAAUGCCAGAGCAGCCAUCUAUGGAGCUGUAAAGAGGGUUCUGAGCGACAAAGACAUUGUUAUUCUGGAUGGAUUGAACUACAUCAAAGGCUGGCGGUACCAGCUGCACUGUGAAGCGAAAGCCGUCCGAACCCCGAGCUGCAUAUUGCAGAUUGGAUGCUCCAAAGAGCGCGCACAGCAGGUCAACGAAGACAGGCUAAAACGAGACCAAGCUGCUGCUGUCGAGCAGGAGGGAAGCGAUGUACCAAACGAUGCGCCAGGCGACACUACAGAGGCGUAUGAGCCUGCAAACUGGGAGAAUCUCGUCUUCCGUCACGAAGAGCCCAAUCCUAUGACCCGCUGGGAUAGCCCUCUAUUUACAGUAAUAUGGGAAGAUGACGAGCAACAGUUGAAGAGAACAUUCGACUCUCUUUGGGAGGCGAUUGCUGGAGACGGCCGCAAAGUUAUCAAGCCAAACCAGGCUACAGAGCCACGCGGGCGCGAUGCGAGUGGCGAUUACUUAUAUGUGCUAGAUCGUGAAACACAAGACAUUGUGAAGCGAGUUUUGGAUCAGCAAGGCGACGAUGGUGGCGGGGAGGUGAAAGUGCCCCUUGGCACGGGUGGCAAGAAGGAUCUUGUUAUUGAGCUGCCGGCGGCGAGAAAGGUUGGCUUGCCAGAGCUGCAGAGACAUCGGAGGGCCUUUAUGGGGCUGAAUAGAGGGGGUAUUGGGCUGGAGAAGGUGACGAACAUGGCUGCCGAUGCGCUGCGAGAGUCGUUUGUCAACUACCUCAACAAUACGUUUGAGAAUGAGUAGGGAGUUUGAGGGAGCCAGUCUCAACCGACCAUCGGAUCCUACGCGCUCUAAAUAAGCCCGACAAGCCUACGUCUAUGCGCAACUUGAGUUGAACUGUGAUACGGGCCAAGACGAAGCCUGGACCCAAGCAUAUCGCGUUUUAGGGUAGGCGAUAUCGGAUAUACUACAAGCGACAUAUGAGUGGCCAUAUCCGCCCGCAGCAAUGAAGAUAAUAGUACCUAGCAAAAGCAGCAUUGAAUGAAUAGACUGGUGUUUUGACGUUAAAAUAGUCCUCUACGAUCUCUUACUAUUGAGAAGCGAGAAUUCGCAUGGAUAAUAACUACACAAGAUGCAUCGGUAGGAAUACUGUUAAAGAGGCAUUGGCG